AUGGAAAAAGUGUGGAAGGUUGGUAAGCCCCUUGAAUUUCAAGAAAUUGGAGGUGAUUGCUAUGUGAUUACCUUUGUUAAUCGACGAGAUAAGUGGAAGGUGCUUGAUGGUUGUCCAUGGUUGUUUGACAGUUACCUUUUUGUUCUGCUUGAUUUUAAUGGUGGAUUGCAACCAAGCUUGUUUGAUUUUGACCAUGCGUACCUAUGGAUGUUAAAUCUACCAUUGAGUUAUAUGAAUAAACAAAUGGGGGAAUUGAUUGGGAGUUCGAUAGGGAAGGUUAGUGAAGUUGAUGUGCAGAAGGAUGGUUUGGCGUGGGGGAAAUGCUUGAGGGUAAAGGUGGAGUGUGAUCUGAGAAGACCUGUAGCCAGAGGCAGGACUAUCGCUGUGGAUGGAAGGAAAAUUUGGGUACCUUUUCAGUAUGAAAAAUUACCUAGAUUAUGCUUUAGCUGUGGAAGAAUUGUCCAUGGUAAGGAUGGUUGUAAGGAGAGUGAGGGGAGUGUAGUUGAUGAAGAAGAGAGGAAAGGGGAGGCUCAGGAGGAGGAGAGGGUUGAGGAGGCAUCUGAGGAGGGAAAAGGAGUGGAUGAUGUGCAUUCUCAAUUGUGUGAAAAUCGGGAGCUGCUUAUGAAACCUCAAGAAAUAGUGACUAUACCCACAAUUUGUGUGGGAAAUGAUGAUCAAGAGGUGAAUGAGCUGCAGAAGAACAAUUUGCUGACUGGGAAGUUAAGCUCCAAUGAAAUUGAACAAAACCAGGAUUGCACAAGAUCUUCACGAUGGAAGAGAAGGGCUAGAACUAGGCCUGAGUCAGGUAAGCCUUCUAGCAUAAAUUCUGGGGUGAAGAGAGGCACUGAGUGUGUGGGGGAUGGAGAUGAUAUGCGUAUGGAAGGAAAGAAAAUGAAAAGUUAUGAUGAUAUGGUCUGUGAUGAUGGACUAGGGGUGGUGACUGCUGUGCAGCACCACCUGGCAUUAUGA